AUGGAUGGACAACGGCAACAGUAUAUACCUGCUCCGCCGCAUCACAUCUCGCAGUCUGGCUCCCAGACGCAUAUGAUGUCUUUCCCGCCACCUCCUCCCCGAAUCGCCCAUGCAGCUCACGGUCUAGUUCCACCCCCUCCACCAGGUCCUCCGCCUGGUUCAACAUAUGGGAUCCAACAGGGAUGGCAACAAGGGUGGGGAAGGCAUCAGGCAAUGGCACAGCCUUUUCCCCCUCCCCCUCCCCCUCUGCUCAACCCCAACCAAGCUCAAAACCCACAUCUAGCGUACAGCGUUACUCGUUCCCGUCAGCCUGCCCCUUUAUCUAUACCUUCUCGGUCGAUAUCUAAUGAGAUACAGCCUCUCACAUCCGCAACAUAUAUUCCUGGUGGUGAAUCAUUUGGUCCCGGAGUUGGCAUCCCUCCCCUUUUCACCCAUGACCUUCAGGAGCAAUACGGAUGUCCUCCUGAACAGUACCAAUAUUCCAUUGAAUCGGACAGUAUGAGACAUGUUUCCAACCCAACGAAUAGUGAUGGAGCUAUGCAACAUAACACGGGGAAUCGAUCACAUCAAUUAACCCUUCCGUUGCGCGACCCUAAGGACGUAAUAUCUCCAGGACCGCCAACUGCGACUUUGCAAAAUCCGCAACCCCACAAUUCCGCCCAGGUAAAUGAGUCCUUUGUGGGUGGUAUGACGGCUCAGGAAGCCGAUGAACGUUGGCCUCUCGAUCGUGUUUUGCUGUGGCUUGCCCAAAACGGAUUCUCUAACGAUUGGCAGGAAACCUUUCGCGUACUAGAGCUAUGCGGUGCUAGUUUCGUGGAGCUUGGUAGUCGUGCUAAUGGCAGAAGAGAUCUGAGUAAGAUGCACAAGGUGGUUUAUCCUCAGCUCACAAAGGAGUGCAUCAAGAGUGGCACUGGAUGGGAUAAGGCAAGGGAACUGGAGGAGGGAAAGCGAAUGCGGAAUUUGAUACGGAGGAUUGCUGAUCAGGGAACCUCGGACAAUGCAACCCUGGGGACGAGAUAUUACGAGAAUUCAAUGUUGCCAAGUGCGUCCACAGAUGGAGGGUUGGAAAAUUCACCCAAUUUGGGGCGGGAUUCGUUCCCAAGUCACAUUACUGGAACUGCUGAUAGUAGCCCUUGUCAACAAUAUACUGCCAAAGCAACACCUCUCAAUGUGACUCAGAAGCAAUAUUCCUGCCAUCGGACUGAAUCAGGAACUCCGGAUGCUCGGUCAGACUUCUCUCGAAGCGUUUUUGGAAUGCUGGAUGGGCGCCGUGGCCACAGCCCGUCUGCCUCAAGUGAUAAUGGAAUUCUCGCCGUUUCAGAGGAGCACCCUCAAAGUGGCAGUCCUGCCCCUAAUUACGUCGCAAUGGCACACCAAGAAUAUGUCCCAUACUCUGUGGAAGCGAACGGAAGAUCUGAUAAACGACACAGUUCUGAUUCCAUGUUGAGCCGCGGCUUCUCGUCCCAGGGCUUUUUUGGAGGCCAAGGAGGUGGUAGGCAGCCGGACCCCAAGAAAAAUGGGCAAGGCCCAUCACCACAGGAUCAAGGCUUACGCCAAGGAACAGGUGAAUCGUAUCCCAAGGAGCACGGUAAGGGAUUCUUCCACAAACUGAAAUGGAAAAAGGGUCCUGAUUCCAUGCAUCCUUCCCCUGAGGAAAUAAAUGCCGACUCGCCUACAAGUCCGGUGGGCAUGCGCCAGGGACCCCCUCCAACAUCGGUUUUUGCUAGGCCUGGAUUCGAUAGUGGUGACAUGUCCCUUGGAGAACGGCCCCCCUCUUCUUUCUCAGAUUAUGAGAAAGUCCAGCCACCACGAUCCAGGAAUCCCACAAGUAGCGCACCACUAAAGAGAUAUGCUCUGGCCACACCUGAUGGGUGGAAUUAUCGGUUGAUAGACGUGACGGAUGUGGAUGCAGCAGAUGCACUGCGCAUUACUAUAUGUAAUAGCCUGGGCAUCAAGGAUCCGGGAAGUGCACUGAUCUAUCUUACGGAGCCUGGCCAAAUUACACACGAGGAUCCGUUGAGUGAUACAAUGCUGGUCGUAAAUCGCCGGACAAAAUCAGAUCCCCAUGGGACUUUGAAAUUUUUCGUUCACCUCGCCCAUCCAUCUCCGCCACCUGCACCAGCACCACAAGCCACCGGUUUGGGUCUGUCAUUUGCUGAGCGGCGAUCCAGGAAUCCAGUAGACGAUGAUGCUCGACACCAUGUAUGGGGUGUAUCGUCUAGACCUCAACCGCAAGCGAUAAAAUUUGAUGCGGACAAACCACCUCCAUAUGAUCAACAAGCUCAACCUUGGAAUUUUGUUAGUGAUAAUAAGCAUGCCAGUGAACAGGAUAUCGAUGGUAUAGAAGCGGCAAUAUAUGCUGCGCAUGAAGAGUACAGGCGGGAAGCUGAGCGAAAGCAGAAGGCUUAUCUUCAAUCAAAACAGGAAAGUCAGCAGCAGCUGAAGGAGGUGUCUAAAGUCUCUAUAAGGCGGGAUGGUGUGAUAGAUUUCGAUUCCCCUCGACUUUCUCCAUAUGAAGAUAAGAAGGCCGAUAGCCUCGUUCCACUACGGAAACCCCCUUCAGCGCCAUCGGAGUCAAGUACGCUCAGCAAAGUCAACUCUUUGAGCAGGAAACUAGGGGGUAGACCACGCAAGAACUCUGCUCACAAGCGCAGCCCUUCAGAUCAAAUAUUCGAACAAUGGGGAGAAAAGCAACGGACUUCAAGUCCCGCGCUACCAUCACCUGGCCUGGCUGACGGUCUUGGAGUUGCAUUAGCGGGCAUUGGGAAAGUAUCAAGUGCUAUCGGAAAACCAUUUCCUAACCAAACUAUGACUUCUACACGUUCUCCUCUUUCUUCUUCAGAACCGGUUUCUGGGAAGGGUUGCUCACUGCAGUCCGUUGAUUUCAAUAAUGCUAGGGGACGACGAGCUAGUCCAACAAGUUCCUCUCCUAAGGUGCCCAUGUAUACUCGCGGGAAGGGAAAUACUGUAUUCAGAGUACCGUUUUACGACUGGGAUGGGAGUACCAAAUGCCCCGCUGCUCCGCCUGAAGAAACAAAGUCAGCUGUUCCCACGCUGGAAUCUGAUUGUUCACAUUCCAUCAGCCCUGCGUCCGCACUUCCCGAUACACAAUCGCAACAAAAACAACGGAACCGAAAGUCAAUUGGUCCUGACUUUGAUUUCCAGGAGACGGAAGUUUCGUUCUCCAGAGUUCCUGUGCAUGUAGAAGAUUCGGAUGAGGAUUCAGAUGAAGGCCUGUUUGCGAUACCAUUAGCUGGCGCGAAGGGUGGGGUGCAGCCAAAGAAAAAUAAAGCACCGAUGAAGAACAUUAAUGGUGGUCAGGGUCGUUCCGCUAAACCUGCUCUGACCGUCAAUACUGGAUCACGGGCAGCCAAGGGAAUGUCCGUGAGCUUCAAAUCACCAAGUACGGUAGAACCUUCGAAUACACCGUCAACCCGAAGCACGGACAAUGAGAUUGGUGGAGAACAAAGCUUCAAUGAAUCCGCGAAUGAUGACAAUAGCUCGUCAAAAUCGCCGGAAACCAGCAGGGACAGCCGUCGCCAUUCAAUAAUCAGGGAUGACAUUUGGGCUAGCAGACCUCCGGUUGAUGGUAUGAUUGAUCAUCUAGAUGAUUUCUUCCCAGACGUUGAUCUGGAUGAACCAUACGUGGAAGGGAGCUUGAUGUCUCCACCAAUGUCACCCGUGGGGGGACCAGGAUCGAGCCUUGGCGCAGAGCUGUCCGAUAACCAAACCUUGCGAAACCGUGCUGCCCAUGGCACUUUGAAUUCUCUAAUGUCACAUGACAGCAUGGACACGCUGGGCUCAGAUGAAUCUACAUUGAAAGCUAAAGGGAUAAUGAAUAACGUUGCGCAGCGGAAUAUCAAUCGAUCUCAAGGCGGUGGGCUAACGCGUAUGAAAUCCAUCCGUGAGGUUGCAAAGGGGGCGCAUCAGAUUCAUAGAAAUCAGAGCAUAACGGCUUCCAAUGCUAAAUCGGGCGCUCUACUUCGACGGAAAAGUACUAAGAUGUUCGGUGCGAAGAUUUUACAGGUUAAGCCGGGCAGUCGGCUGAGUGAGCAUCCGAUUCCCAUGCCGCAGAAUGUUGGGGCUGGGUCGCAGAGUAAAGUGCCACAGAGGCAGGCUACAUUCCGAAUCAUUCGAGGUCAACUUAUAGGCAAGGGUACGUAUGGAAGGGUUUACCUCGGCAUUAAUGCUGAUAAUGGUGAGAUCCUGGCCGUGAAACAGGUGGAAGUGAGUCCGAAGGCUGCAGGCCAAGACAAGGAUAAAAUGAAAGAGAUGGUCUCGGCACUCAACCAAGAGAUCGACACGAUGCAACAUCUCGAACACCCCAAUAUUGUGCAGUAUCUUGGCUGCGAGCGCGGUGAGCUGUCCAUUUCCAUCUACCUCGAAUAUAUCCCUGGUGGCUCCAUCGGCAGUUGUCUGCGUAAACACGGCAAAUUCGAAGAAAGCGUCGUUAAGUCCCUUACGCGUCAGGUUUUAAGCGGGCUGGCAUACCUGCACGACCAAGGCAUCUUACACCGCGACCUGAAAGCGGACAACAUCCUUCUAGACUUGGACGGGACCUGCAAGAUCUCCGAUUUUGGCAUCUCCAAGAAAACGGACAAUAUUUACGGCAAUGACGUGACGAAUUCAAUGCAGGGUUCUGUGUUCUGGAUGGCACCGGAAGUUGUCCAGUCACAGGGACAAGGUUACAGUGCCAAAGUGGACAUUUGGUCACUUGGCUGCGUGGUGCUGGAGAUGUUUGCGGGCCGACGACCGUGGAGUAAAGAGGAGGCCAUCGGGGCGAUUUUCAAGUUGGGGAGUUUGAACCAGGCUCCGCCGAUUCCUGAUGAUGUGUCUGUGGCUAUCACACCGGAAGCGUUGGCUUUCAUGUAUGAUUGUUUCACGAUUGACACCUUCGAACGACCAACUGCAGAGACUUUGCUGUCUCAGCAUCCCUUUUGCAAAGCUGAUCCACUCUACAAUUUCUUGGAUACCGAGCUGCAUGCGAAGAUUCGCCAUGUUCUCUGA